AAUAUGGAAAAUUGAAAAGAAAAUGGUGGCUGUUUGACAUCUAUAAGAUAAUCAAACACACCCCUAACCCUAAAAGUCAUUAUGAGGAAGUGACAUCAUACUAAUUACAGGAAGUAGAUGCAGCAUUUCUCGACUAAAGCACUAUUUUAGAAACAGUUCCGAGCAUCAGCACGAGAGAGAGAAGAAGCAGAGACACAGAGAAACACGAUGGAAGAGUUCAAAUGGAUCAAAAUGUCUUUAUUUCUGAUACCGCUGCUUCACUUUACAGCAGCAAAAAGACAGUUUCUGCUCUCCUCCACUGUCAGAGAUGGAGAUGAAGUCACUUUGUCCUGUGAAAAUGUGAGAGAUGAUCAGAAUAAGUGUGAUGGUACAACAUGGACUUUCAGUGAUUUAAGAAGCCCGCUAGUAGAGCUGGUUAGUCUUGGUCAGAUUGUUGAAGAAGCCAAAGCUAAAUCAGACAGACUGAGUGUUACAGAGAACUGUUCUCUGGUUAUAAAGAAUGUCACAGAGGAGGAUGUUGGUGGUUACUACUGUCAGCAGUACAACAAAACAGAACAACAUCAAGGUCAAGACUCUCAGGUUUAUCUCUCUGUAGUUACCAUGACUGAAGAGAAGAACGAUGAUAUAGUGACGUUAAACUGCUCUGUGUCGACAUAUGAUCAUUGUAGACACACAGUGAAGUGGCUGUAUGAGGGUAAAGACGUGGCUAAAGAUCACCCAAACAUUGAGACAUUACAGAGUGAAUGCUACACCACUGUGAAAUGGCAGGAUCCUGGUUUAAUUUACAAACCAAGGUCUAACUUAUUGAAGUGUGAAGUGACAGAUGGUUACUCUGAAGAAGUGCAGCUGUUUCCCUUCAUCCCUCCUCAUUCCUCAAGAGAGAAACCAGCUGCUGAUGCAACAACGACGACUACAAUAUCACCAACAUCAGGGACAAUGAGCACAUCAAAAGGUAAAGCAAAAACCGCAACUUCUGAGACAACAAGAACUUCUGAUAAAAGCCCAGAAUCAGUACCAACCACCACAGCAAUCAGUGAUCCUUCAACCAAACUACAAGCUGCUGAUGCAAAAACGACUACAAUAUCACCAACAUCAGAGACAAUGAGCACAUCAAAAGAUUGGUGGAGGUGGUGGUGGCUGAUCGUUGUGUCUGUGGCUGUUGCAUCUCUCAUAAUCAUCACUGUGGCUGUCCUCAGAUGGAGGAGAGCUAAAGGGAACAAAACACAGACGGAGGAUACUGAGGUUAAACACUGCAGUGACUCCAGAAACCAGAUCACACACCACACCCAGCUGAUCCUGAAGAUGGUGUUUCCCUACGCCUCCAUCAGCUACACCAAGAAGACCAACAGGAGAGUCCAGGCUCGGGGUGGAGCCUCUGCUGAUCUCAGCAACCUCUACGCCACAGUCAACUAA